GUGAUGUUAUUUAGCCUUUCAGAAUACUACAGUUUGAAUUCCAGCUCUCAGGAAAGACGAGCUUCCCAAUGUAGGAUUCAUGGCACAACAUACAUCAUCAAGAAACAGCAGCGAGGAUUGAGCGGAGCACCGGAAAAAAAAAGGAAAAAAGUAGCGCACCAUCUGUCCUAGGCAAUGUCCCAGCGAGCAGAGUCCUCCCAGUGUGGCGGCGUUGUGGUCGAGUUCGAACCUGACCACAUCAGGAAUGCCAGAGCCAAAAAAGCCAGGAGUAUACCAGGUUCAGCGCUUAUCUACCUCAAGGGUCCCAAGUUCCUCAUCUAUGUUAGUGGAGCGUUGUCAAUGUGGGGUGACCGAAUGUGGCAUUUUGCCAUCUCCGUGUUCCUGAUUGAGCUGUAUGGACGUAACUUGCUGCUGACCGCCGUCUUUGGCCUGGUGGUGGCUGGCUCUGUCCUCCUGCUCGGAGCUUUGAUUGGAGACUGGGUUGACCGCAAUCCCCGGAAUAAAGUGGCACAUGCAUCUCUUUUCAUCCAGAACAUCUCAGUGACAGUAUGUAGCAUUGUGCUCAUGUUGGUGUUCUCAUACAAACAAAGGAUUGAGCAGAUCUGGGAUGGCUGGCUGACUGUGGUUUGUUAUACGGUGGUGAUCGUCCUGGCAGAUGUGGCAAACCUGGCAAGCACAGCGCUGACAAUUGCCAUCCAGCGGGACUGGAUCGUAGUCAUCACUGGCUACAACCGGGGCCACCUAGCUGGAAUGAAUGCCACGAUGAGGCGGAUAGAUCAGGUGACUAACAUCCUGGCCCCGCUAGUGGUGGGGCAGGUCAUGACCCUGGCCUCCAAUGUAGUUGGAUGUGGUUUCAUCCUGGGAUGGAACCUUGUGUCUCUCAUAGUGGAGUUCUUCUUCUUGUCCCGGGUGUACCGCAUCGUUCCUGCUCUUUCAAUCAAACCGCCAGUGGUGGAGCUGGAUCAGGCCAGCCUGCAAGGAAUGGGAAGGAGAGGAUCACAAGGGGAAGGAGAAGUUGUUGAGACUCUGGCAGAAGGCAACAGCGAUGCCAGUCUAAACCUAAAAGAAAUCACCUACCUGCCCCUGUGCUUCCGAAGGUUUCGCUGGCUGGUGAGCACAUGCAGAGACGGAUGGAAAGCCUACUAUCAUCAGCCUGUGUUCCUGGCAGGAAUGGGUCUGGCUUUCCUCUACACAACAGUGCUAGGUUUUGAUUGCAUCACCACAGGCUACGCCUACACUCAGGGCAUAAGCGGCUCCCUCCUCAGUUUACUGAUGGGUGUAUCGGCCAUCACGGGGUUGAUGGGCACUGUCAUGUUUACAAGACUGAGGAAGAAUUACGGUCUGGUCAACACCGGCAUCAUUUCCAGCUGCCUCCACCUGGGCUGCUUGCUACUGUGCGUGUGCUCCGUGUUUGCCCCAGGCAGCCCCAUGGAUCUUAGCUUGCUGAUUCCCUACUUUACCUCAAACUCUUCCUCCGAGCUUGGAGGGAUGGCGAGCCAAAGACAAAAACACACUUAUCCUCUGAGGGGAGGCAGUAAUCAGCCACUUCUACCUGACCGCUCCUCCAUCCACUGGACGAACAACACAGUGCUUUUUGACAACGUGCCAUCUGGUAGUGCUCCCGAGUCUUACAUCUCCAUUAUCCUGUUGUUCUUGGGUGUGAUCACAGCACGCAUUGGUCUGUGGUCCUUCGACCUGACAGUCACACAGCUUUUACAGGAGACCAUCUGUGAGUCCGAGCGAGGUGUUGUAAACGGGGUGCAGAGCUCAAUGAAUUACCUGAUGGACCUGCUCCACUUCAUAAUGGUCAUCUCUGCUCCACAGCCACAGCAUUUUGGCAUCCUAGUUCUCAUUUCUGUGCUCUUCAUCACCACCGGACACACUAUGUACUUCCUGUAUGCGCACAAAGCCAGGAGAAAACGUCGCCAUGACACCUAAAGGAGCAGUUGUGUCCUCGUGACAGCCCCCGACCACGUGAAAGGAAUGUCUCCCUUGGGUCCAGGCUCCUGACUUUGCCAUUCGUUUCAGAAAGUGUCUCUGUCUCACCUCAGCUGCUUCCUUACUGAAGGGCCUGCAUGUGACACAUAGCAAACCGCAACUCAGGUGCAAUAGAAUGAGAGCAACACUCUAUCAUGAAUAUAAAUGGCCACUAUAAACCUCCAGGGGAGAUGUCCUGCUCUAAUUUACAGCAGAAUUCAGGCUUCAAUACAUGCUUUUAAAAACCCUGCAGGGAUCCUGCAUUUUCUAUGAAAGGGUGAAUGGACGGAGACAAGAAGCACUGUUGUGAGGAAAACUUGGACGCUGUUUACAUGGCAGGCCAAAGUGGACCAAAUCUGAUUUAUUCGAAAUCCGAUUUUUUCCAGCUGACCGUUUACAAGUAAAAUUUGAUCUUUGUCAGACUCCAGUAUAAAUAUGCUCAGGCCCCGAUGUGGCCACAAUGUGGCUUUAACGUCACUUGCAUGCGCAGUUCGAUAAAGUGAAAACAAAGAAAGUUGACCGAAUGAAAAAGGAAGGUUGUAAUACACAAGAAAACAUUAAACACUACAGAUCAGCUUGUGGCUGUUGUGUAGAGGAAAUAGGCAGGAUUCUAACUAUCUUCUAAUGUGGCCCAAAUCUGAUGUGAAAAUAUCAGAUUUGAAGCACUUUGGAGUGUUUAGAAUGGCAAAAAUCAGUGUCACUUGAGGGCAAAAAAAUCAGAUUUGGUGUCCAGUGUAAACGGAGCCUUUGAUCCAUAGAAAAGAAAGACAACAUAACUUGGUAGAAGUGUUGAAGAAUGCGCCUCCUUUGAAAUAUUCAAAGAUGUCCAAAAAAAGGAACAUGCAGGGAAUUACAUGCGAAAAAUCAGAAAGGCAGCUUCCCUUAUCAAAUGACUAAACAUGUCCUUCCCCCUGGUUUGUGUCUCUGUGGAUGAUCACAUAUGAAGGUGAGAUUUUUCACCAAAUCAACACAAGCUAUAUUACUCCUAUUUUCUACUUCAUAUGAAGUCAGCAUUGCCUUACCUCAACAAAGGGCAACAAGAUUGUCGGGCGACAACUUUCUGCUCUAAUGUAUGUCUCCAUAGCUGUGUCAUGUACACAACCAGCAUCACCUCUCUGCAAUUUAUUUGUAACA